AUGAGUGAUUCAUUCCGAGAAGCAGUAUUUGUCAUUGGAGAAAUAAAUGGAGAAAUUGAUUUUUCAAAGCCUCCAACUUCUGGUGAAGAUUACAUUAAACGUGUCGUGGUUGAAGCUCAACAGUGCGAUGACAUUGUUGUAGCUAAUAUUGACAGUAAAAAGUUAAAGAGUCCUGACGUUCCUACCGAAACUUUGGCAGGGUGUGUCGAAGCUCCAGCAACGUUAUCUCCAACAUUGGAGUGGCAGAAUUGUCAAGUAGCUAAUUUUUCAGAGCUGAGACUUUACGUAGCCAAACUUGAAAUUGAAAGGAAAAACUGUAGGGAUAAAAACAAGUCAGAAGUACUUCCGAAUAAAGAAAAUCAGAAAGGUUGGAUUAAUUUUUGUCUCGGAUCUGAUGAUGAGCAAGUUCAUUUUCCAACUUUAGACACCAUUUUUUGCAUAAAAGAUCACAUUCAACUGGUUGAUCAACUACUCGAGUAUCUUGUUGAAGAGGUUGAGAGUCAAGGCUUAACUACUCAGUUAGGACGUUGGAUUUAUGCUUUGCUAAGUGUAGUUGAUCUUCCUUUAGAUCCUGAUGUCUGUUCGUGUUUGAGAAAACUAGCACGAGCUUGUUCACGCGCCAGAGCUAAUUUAACUUGUAGCAAUGAUGCAGAGGUAUCAACUAUGAAUCUUUUCAUCUGUCUCGUAGCAAGAUAUUUCAGACAAUUAGAUUUAGCUGAUCCUUAA